GCACGCAGGAUGUGACAGCACAGUUCAAAGGUUACCGAAGAGAAAGGAGGUGCACAGAUCUACACACCGAUCGCAAAGAGAAGGAAACAUAGAGAGAGAGAGAGAGAGAGAGACGCAAGAAGGGGGAGAGAAGGAGAGAGAAUUCAGGGUAAGACAAGGACAUCAUGGUUUCAAUCACGGAGACUCAGAAGAUUGGUGUUGGUCUCACAGGCUUUGGGCUCUUCUUCCUGCUCUUUGGCGUGCUGCUGUACUUUGACUCUGUCUUGCUGGCGUUUGGGAAUGUUCUGUUUCUGACUGGUCUGACGUUCAUCAUUGGCCUGAGGAGGUCGGCCGGUUUCUUCUUCCAGAGACAGAAGCUCAGAGGCUCCACCUUCUUCCUGGGGGGCGUGGCCUUGGUGCUGUUCCGCUGGCCAAUCAUCGGCAUGGCCGUGGAGAGCUAUGGCUUCGUGCUCCUGUUCAGGUCAUUCUUCCCUGUGGCGUGUGGAUUCAUUUUAUCGUUGGUGAAUAUACCCUAUCUCAAUGUGUUGUACAACAGCUUCCUAGGAAGUAGCCCUUCUAUUGUCUGAGGAAAGGGAGAGAGAGAAGCCAAAAAAGAAGAGAGGAGGAAUGGAAGUGAUGGAUGACAGAAGGAGAAGUGUAUUUGGACUCAGACUGGCUAUAACCUUUGACAGAGACUGAUGGAGCGGGGAGGGGGCUUAGAGCCUUCCCCCAUCAACAACCGUGAACCAACCAAUGGACUUCUUCUUCUUGAAAUGUUUACAUAAACAUGAACCAACCAAUGGACUCUUCUUCUUGAAAUGUUUACAUAAACAUGAACCAACCAAUGGACUCUUCUUCUUGAAAUGUUUACAUAAACAUAAACCAACCAA